GGAACGUCUGUCGGAGUUUUUCCUGAACAGACGAUCCAUAUGAAACAAUACAAUAUUGAAGUCUUUUUAUAAAUCUGUAAUGUGAGAAGGUUUAAUAUGUUAAAUUAGUAUGCUGUUUUGAAUAUUUUUACCUACGGAUAUGUUAUGACAAUGUCAAAAAACAUAUCACAGGCAAACAGCCAAUGCACAUCUCUUUGGCUGAAGCAGGGCACACCCCUGGCUGAAGGAUAACACGAUGAAGACUAAUGAAUACCGUAGGCGGCAAUAACAGUUUCUGUAACCCGAGUAGAAUGGUUAAAACAUAGCAAAACCAACGACUUCAAGGUCAUCAAAUACGUAUCUAAAAUUCAAUUGGGAAAAAAGUGGUCACACAAAGCAUCUUCAAGUGUCAAAAUAAUUUUGAAAAUACCACAGAUGGGACUAAUAAUUUUAUCCAUGUUUAUAACAUAGCAGUGCGCUCUGGCCCCACACCAUGCAGACAUCUAUAUGUCAAAAUGUCUAAGUCUGGUGUUAGGGCCAGAGGAAACUCGGGCUAGUAGUGAUUAAUAGAAUGAGAGUAUGUUAGCAAUGUAGGCAAAAUUUGGUUGAAAUUCUUUAUCAACAUUUUUUCUUAAAUAGUUGCCCUGCUGAAUAGUUUAACAGCUAGCAUUAUGUAUGAAGCAAUUAAGGAUGUGGUCAUCAUUUGUUAUGACUUUGUAGAUAGCACACAUGUUCACAAAGCAAACGUUACGACUCGGUUAUUUUUGACAGUUUCUAUUCUUUUGUAGUUGAUGUCAGCCUGGCCUUGAUUUUGUUUUGUUUUUAGGACCACAGACUACAUGUUUCUUCCAAAUCUGACGCAUAUGUUAAUUGUACAUUAUUUUUGGGGAUGGGGCGAAACAACACUAGAUAAACCAACUCAGAUAGGUGUCAAUUUCUGCGAUGUAAAAUGAGCUGUGGGCAAAACAUCCAACAUCCCCCAGCUGGACAACUGAUGACCGAUAAUCGACAAUUAUUUGACUUAUGGGAGAUAGCAAUGACCUAGAGUCACUGUAAAUUGUGUUCAAUAGCAAUAGAAGUUAAGUAGGGUAUUCAUUUCUUCAGAAUGUUCUACACAUGCGUUAUCUCCCUUAUACAGUUGUAAGUACUGUUUUCCAUUGCAGAUGUAGCUGUUCCAUACCAAUAUACAUUGUAAGGUGUACAAAGAACUGCAAACAACCCUAGCAUACUUUAGGAUAGCACUGUAACUGAAACAUCCUCAGAAUGGAUCCCACAAUUACCUUAAUGUUGCAUGGAGCUGCAGAGAAAACAAAUGCCAAAGAUGAAGUAACGAUCAUGGUUUUAGCAAAGGAGAUUCAGGUCUUAAUUCUCAGCAAACUUGAUGGCUUGUCUUUAGCAAGGGUACAGAAAGUGUGCAGACUUUGGUAUGAUAUUGUGGAUGAUUUUGAAAAGUACUUUCAUGUCUGGCUUAGGUGUUGCUUGACAGAAAUUUCUAUCUGUGAUCUCGUAGAAAUAACAGGACUUCUGGAAAUAGAUGAGAGUGACGAUUUGUUAGUUACAGCUGAUAAUUUGAAAAAAUUGCCUACAAUAUUUUGGCGGGAGGUGUAUGCUGAAUAUCAUAGAAAUGACUUUAUUAAGAACAAAGCAAGAAAGAUGAAUAAGAUUGAAUACCCAAACUGUUAUGGAAUGGUCACCGCUUUGAAGUUAAAAGACAAUGUCUUGUUUAGUGGACAUGAAGAUGGCAGAGUAAUAUCAUGGGAAAACAUUGAUGGGUGUGUCCGGAAUACAACCUGUCACCAGCAUCAGAGAAUGGUUACAGACCUCGCCGUCACUCGUGCUGAUCUGACCGUGAACCACCUUCUCCUAGGAAUUAAUAACACCUUUGUUAUCUCAAGUUCUAAGGAUUCUUCUCUCAUCCUUAACGACAUCACGGGGGGUCAAUCAACCAAGAUCUCCUACUUCAGCAAACAGGUCAACUCUGUCAGUUGUAGUGGCCUAACAUUUGUUGCGGCGGCCAACUGUAGCUUCCUUCAGGGCCACCCUGUGUGGGACAUAGACUAUCACAAAGAGUUGAACGCCAGACUCCGCUGUCGACAGGACCUGGCAGGCCAGGAGUCGACCAAUAUCCUUGCCGUGGCCUUACAAAGAAACAAGGUGCUGGCUAGUGACGACAUUGGUAAUUUGUUAUUGUACAAAGGGACAGGUCAAGAUCAAAAAAGUAAACAGGACCAACCCAUCAUUCUGAGUGUGUUUGGAGCAGCAGUAAAAUCUAUCCUUUUCCGUGAUGAUAAAGUGGUAUGCCUGACAGAUGAUGGCAUGCUUUGUGUUUCCCUGGAUCUGAAGGAAUUUAAGCAACACAGUGUUUAUGAAGCCAUUAAUGUUAUUCCUGAAUGUAUUGCCUGGAGAGUCAACAUCUUAGUAAUCGGUGCCAAGACAGGUAAAGUGUUCCUGUACCUAGUGAAGGGAGAUAGUGACCUGUUACACCUAGACCUCAGCAUACCUGUAGCUAUAUAUGAUACAGAUUCAGAACAUGUGAACUCUGUCGCCAUUGGAGAUGAUGGCAAUGGACCAGUGUUAGCCAUCGCUACAGAACAUUCCUUCAUUACACUGGUGAGGUGGACACGGUGAAUUAUUCUUCUGGUCAUGUGGAUAUAUAUAUAUACACUGAACUUAACAUUGUGGUCAGAUGGACAUGAUAGACUAAUCAUUUAAGUUAGCUUUACAUACAGAACCACUAUUCUAGUCAUAUGGACAAGGUGAACUUACCAUUCUCAUUAUAUGGACAAGGUGAACCGACUAUACUUAUUACAUGGACAAGGUGAACUGUCUAUACUUGUUAUAUGGACAAGGUGAACCGUCUAUACUUGUUAUAUAGACAAGGUGAACAGACUAUACUUGUUAUACGGACAAGGCUGACUAUACUUGUUAUAUGGACAAGGUGAACCGACUGU